UUUCAUUUUUCAGUAUGUUAACAUAGUAAUGACUAUGCAUGAUUUUGAAGAAUGGUUUAUCAAAAGGCAAACUAGACCAAAGUUUUAUGAUAUCAUUGUGACUAGUUGAAACUUAAUAAAGCUGUUGACCACAAACUGUAUGAUCACUAGACGUUUCAGCUCUCUAGUCAUGAAGGCCAUAAGAGUUGCAAAGUUCGGUGGAGUGGAGAAUUUGAAAUUAGAAACUGAUAUCCCGAUUCCAAUACCAUCAGACUCAGAAGUUCUCAUUAAGAUACAUGCAGCUGGAAUCAAUCCAGUGGACACAUACAUUAGAACAGGAACCUAUUCUAGAGUACCCCAGCUACCUUACACACCUGGUCAAGAUGCCGCAGGCGUUGUGGAAGCUGUUGGUGAAGGAGUAACUCAGUUUAAGAAAGGGGAUCGAGUGUUUACAAUGACAAGUGUCAGUGGGACGUAUGCCGAAUUUGCCACGGCCAAUAUAAAAUUUGUGGCUCAUCUAGAUGACAAACUUUCAUUUGCUCAGGGAGCAUCCUUUGGUGUGCCCUACUACACUGCUUACAAGUCACUAUUCCUCAGAGCACAGGCCAAGCCUGGAGAGACAGUUCUAGUCCAUGGAGCCAGUGGGGGAGUUGGCCUAGCAGCUGUUCAGUUGGCUAAAUCUCAUGGACUACGUGUGGUAGGAACAGCUGGUACAAAGGAAGGCCUGGAUUUGGUGAAGAAAAAUGGAGCAGACUUUGUGUACAACCAUAGGGAACCAGAUUAUUUGGACAAAGUCAUAAAAGAAGUGGAAGGAGGCAUUGAUAUAGUGCUAGAGAUGUUGGCCAAUGUCAAUUUACAGAAUGAUCUGAACAUUGUUAACUUCAGGGGAAGAAUUGUGGUGAUUGGUUGCAGAGGCUCUAUUCAGAUUAAUCCUCGACUGAGCAUGGGUAAAGAAAGCAACAUAAUGGGUGUGGCACUGAUGACAUCAACAGAGGCUGACUGGAAAGAGAUGCAUGCUGCCCUACAGGCUGGUCAGAGGACAGGUUGCCUUGUCCCACACAUUGGUAAAAUCUAUUCCCUCAAAGAAGCUGACAGGGCACAAAACGAUGUGAUCAAUAAUGCAGGCACAUUUGGUAAUCUUGUUUUACAGAUUGCCUAAAUUUACCUUUUGGUAAUCUUGUAUUACAGAUUGCCUAAAUUUACCUAUUGGUUAUCUUGUAUUACAGAUUGUCUAAAUUUGUCCUAGUUGGUUUUGCUACCCUUUUUAAAUCCUUUGAACCAUCUUAUGGUAUUGAAGUUUUAAUUAGGCUGGACUAUUCAUUUAUUCAACUCUCCUAUUGGAUUUCUUACACUAUUCUAUUACUCAAGUCAAGUGUAAAUAUGUGCAAUGAUUAUCAUUUCAAGAAUUGUUAUUAUUUAUAUAUAUAUUUUUAUAUAUCAGUCAUUUUCUUAAUUUCACUAUUUUUACCAAAACAUGAAACAUAACAAAUGGAGUUUGUAUUUACUCUCCUUUUUGUGAAGUAAAUGGAGAUAUAAAUAGAAAUAGGGGAGCUAAGUACUAUUAAUUAUCUUUGCUCUUCCCUUUGUAAUUCUACCUUGUAAGUGGCCAUAGAAACAGAUGAGCUUUACAUCAUCUGCUCCCAUGAAGAACCUGGACUGAAAGGGUACAUUUUUACAACCUGGUCAAGAAAUGAAAAAAUAAAACAAUGAAAUUAACAA